AUGAGAUAUCGUGUCUCUCCCGCAGCCGGUCCGGUGGACCCGGAGAUCGACGAGCACUUCCGACGCAGUCUUGGGAAGGACUACCAGCAACUAUUCGCGGCCACGCCCCCCACACCUGCGCCGUCUACAGACUCAGUCGAUGACCACUUCGCCAAGGCCUUGGGAGAAACGUGGGUGAAGCUGCAGGCGGAGCGGCGAGACUCGACGGCCCCGAGCGUCCCCGCCGCCCGCGCCGCGCCUCAUCUCAACGUGAGCAUCCUGUCUGCGGUCGCAGCCUCCGAUGCGGCGACUUUCUACUUACUCUCUUGA